AUGGCAGCGGCACCUGAGGUGUUUCCUACGAUUGAAGAGUCUCGCCGCCUUCGUGAGCUGCGUGCUCUUCGAGAAGAACUCUCAUGGACUCCCAAGAUCGAUCAGAUGACGCCGAAAGACUACGCUUUCAUCGAAGAGCCUAGGAUGGAUACCCGGCCAGAUGAGGUAGAUCCGGAGCGGCUGGAUCCCUCUGCCACCUCAAAUGCGCCGUUCUUCAGACACCUCGAGUUUCUACACCAGCUCAGCGAGAAGGUGGAGGCUAUAUACGCCGAUGAGUGGCCAACGGCGUUGAAGGAGAAGGAUUCCCUGCUGCAGGACAUCGAAGCACAGUUCGUGGCUUUGGCAGAUCGGCUCGGCCAGAUAUACUUCAUGCAGGCUACCGCACUGGAAGCAGCGUCUGCUGCCGCCGCUGCCGAGCGCGCACAAGGCCAUACGGUGUUCGACACCGCACCCUUCACGCAGGACCCGGUCAAAGACCUGUCGCCGCUCGCCGCGACAGUCUGUAUCGUCGCUGUUGCAGCACUGCUAUUGCUCGGGUUGUCGGAGGAUCACUGCCGCUUUCUGACACGGAGCAUGGUGUUCAUGUCGACGUUGACUCUGAAGACUACGGGCCUCUCUCGCGAGGAGGCUCAGACACGAACAUCUGACAUACCCAUCGAUCCGCGGACGGCAGUGAAGAGACUGCGCUUGCGUUCCACCGUCAAGUACACCCCAUACGUGAUAUGCCCAUCUUGUACGGCAUGUUACCACGAGCAGGGCCCCGAUUCCUACCCGGAGUUGUGCACCACGGCACCCUUCAAUGGCAGUCGGCCUUGUGGCGAAGCGCUCACCCACCGGCGCAACUUACACGGACGCAUUUGGACGUACCCUGUUCGACGGAUUCUUAUCCAAGAUAUGAAGGCAUGGCUCGCUUGGUUCUUAUGCCGGCCGAACAUCGUCAAGUCUCUCAUACAAGAGGCCGACCCGCAGGCCGAGAUGACUGAUAUCUUCAACGCCUACGAGGUGACUUCAUUCGUCGGUCCUGACGGCCAACCGUUUCUGAAGGCUCAGUCGGGGGAGAUCCGUCUACUAUUUGCCCUCAACGUGGAUGGCUUCAACCCGUUUCAGAUGAAGGAAGCCGGGCGAAAGUACACUUCGACGGCGAUGUACAUGACAUGCCUCAAUCUUCCGCCUCAUCUGCGCUACCGGGUUGAGAACAUGUUCCUCGUCGGCAUCAUUCCGGGUCCUAAAGAGCCGGUCAAGGACAACAUCAAUCACGUCCUCGCGUUGCUCGUGGAUAUGCUACUCGAGUUCUGGCAGCUACGCGUUAGGUUCUCCCGUGUUCCUCUUCGCGAACCUGGUGUUCUCAUCUUACUGGCGUUGUUCCUCGUCAUAUGCGACACGCCUGCGGCGCGCCAGGUAUCCGGCUUCGGGGGUGCGGGACAUAAGUGGUUCUGUCCAUACUGCAAACUGGCUCUCUCGGACCGCGGUAAUCUGAACAUGAAGACGUGGCCACAACGGAAUUACGAACAUCACAUGGACUGUGCCCGGCGGUGGAAGGACGCGCGGUCCUCGAACGAGCAGGGCAAGAUUUAUGACGAGGCUGGCGUCCGCUACUCUGCUCUCUUGGAGCUGCCUUACUGGAAUCCAGCACGCUUCACCGUCAUUGAUAUCAUGCAUCAACUGUUCGAGGGUAACCUCAAGCGCUUCCUACGCACGUGGUGGGGCAUGUCAGCCUCCCGCGACGACGGAGACGGCACUUUCUCGGACGCGGUCCGUCUGACCCCUCAUGAGGCGAUCCUUGACGAGCUUUGGCGUCACGUCAGGUCGUCCCCGUUUGAAGAGCUGAAGGAGAUGCGCCUCGACCACUUGCAGGCUCUGGUGGAACGAUAUAACGUGCCCAAACCCAAGCUCCACGGUCCAAGCAAGAACUCAAAGGCACCAUACCUCGAGGCGCUGGUACAAUACCGCAUCCAUCAGGGCUGGUUCGAUGAGAAUGGUGUGCGCCUGGGCACGGUGACCGUCGACGAGACUCCGCGCACUGCCCUCGAGAUCUUAGAGCUUCAAGCUCAUCCCGCAGAGCUGAGGUCUGUUGAGGAGUUUUUCCAGUGUGCACCCGACAAGGAAGAGUUCAAGACGUUCAAUAAGCGCGUUCUCACCGCUUAUCUCGUGCAGAAGGAAAAUCUUGCUCCUCAUGACUCUGAUCGUGCUCUGUUGCACGGUAUGACGAAGACCCAGCUCAUCAAUCGCCUAUCCAACCUGCGCUACAAGCAUGGCAUCGUGGACGUCAAAGGGGACCUACUCGAUGACGACGACGACGCCAACGCGCAACGUUUCUCAGAGGCACAGAAGACGCUCCCGGGUUCCCACCGUCAGAAAUCAUCCGUCCUCGGGAAAGAGCGUCUCUGGCAGGUCUGGGACGACAUGCUACGUAUCGUCAUGCCGGGCUGGCUCGGCAGAGCACCCUCCCACAUGGGUGACGGCCAGCAUCGGAAGGCGUCUGCAGAUGACUGGAGAGUUUUUGUAACGGUCAACCUCGUAGUCACGAUGGUACGGCUCUGGGGCGGGUACGGCAAGGAUACUCGAGAACGCCAGAUGCUUGACAACUUCAUGCACCUCGCGGUGGCUACAAAACUCGCAUGCUCUCGCAAGAUGUCGCGCAAGGUCGCUAAGUUGUAUAUGGAGCAUAUGCUGGCGUGGCUGCAAGGCCUCCGCAUUCUUUUCCCCGGCGUCGAUCUCGUCUCGAAUCAACAUCUCUCUCUGCACCUCCCAAACUUCUUCCUGAACCUCGGCCCGACGCAUGCCUGGCGCUGCUUCGUAUUCGAGCUCUGGAACUUUCUGUUCCAAUCGAUCAACACUAACAACCACGAAUGGGAUCUCGAUAUCACCAUGUUUGACCGGCUUCUAGUUCAGCAGCGCUUGCGCGCUCUAGUCUUCGACGGUGGUCUCGGCGACGACUUGCAAGAUCUCGAACCCGUCUUCGCGUCGUUACUCGAGGGCGACAACAGAGGUACAAUGCUGAACGAUAUCCUGGCAUCGGCUCCCGACGACCUCGCACCGACACCUCCUAAGCCCAGUAGGAGAUUCGGGGCGUCUGUGUUCGUGUCACGGAUACUGAAUCAACUCGCCGACUCAGUCUAUCGCAAGUUCAGGGUGACGCUCGAGCCGUCCCUUCUUCGUCCGAUUGAACGCAAGCAAGUCACAGUUGGCUCGGUGACCUAUAGCACCGAGCCUCCGGAUUGCUUCGUGGCUAUUGAAAGUGGGCUCCCCGGCAAUUGGAGACUCGCCAAGAUCCAGCGCCUCUUUACGCACGGUUUCGACUUGUUUGGGUCGAAUUACCUUCAACGCGACUAUGCCGUAGUCCAGACUUACGUCGCACUUUCUGAGGCUGAGGCCCGCCACGAUCACUACCGCGAAUGGCCUCUUAUCAAAGGACAGCUGUCUCAUUCCGAGCCCGAAGAUGAAGCUCUCGUCGUUCCCGUCGAGGAGAUCUUGUUCCACUGUUGCGCAAUACAGUGGGAUCAGUGGGAUGGAAUAGAGGGUGGUGUUACCCUUGGUUUGGCAUGCGAUAGGUGA